AUGGCUGAAGGAUUCAUUCAAUCAACUAAUCAGAAGAGGUGUGAGGAAGAUCUUGGGAAUGAAUAUUUUAUGAAUCUACUUUCAAGAUCCUUCUCCCAAGAUGUCAAAAGAGAUUACACUGGUGACAUAGUGGGAUGCAAAAUGCAUGAUCUCAUUCAUGAUUUAGCACAAUUUGUAGCAAAGGAUGAGUAUCUUCUCAUUAAAGAAAAAAAAGAAGAGAGUACUAAAGACACAAUUCGUCACUUGUCAUAUGAUGUAUUGAGAGAAGAUUGGGAAGUUCCAACUUCCUUUCUUGAGUUUGAAAGAUUAAGAACAAUGCUUUUGCUCACCCAUUCUUUUCUUUGUAGGAUGGAUCACCCUGUUUUUGAUUUGGUUGCAUCAAAAUUGAAAUUCUUACGUGUUUUGAACCUAAGUAAUUCAUACAUGACCAAAAUUUCAAAAAGCAUUGGAAAAUUGAAGCAUCUAAGAUUUCUUGAUCUUUCAUCUAAUAAUAUCAAGCAGGUCCCAAGAACUAUUACCAAACUCCACAACUUGCAAACCUUAAACCUCGGUUGGAAUUCAUCAAUUCGGGAAUUGCCAGCAGAUAUUAGUAAAUUAGUAAGCUUGAGGCAUCUUAAUCUUACGUGUUGUAAUGAGUUGGAACGGAUGCCAAGUAAUUUGGGGCAAUUAACUUCUCUUCAAACCUUGACGAAUUUUGUGGUAGAUGAGCGGGAGAUGCAUGAGAAAAAGGCAAGUACAAGGAUAAGCGAAUUAGUUGAGCUUAACAACUUGAGAGGGAGUCUAACAAUAAGUGGAUUGAAACGCCUGAGGUCAAACCCUGAAGAGGUUGAGUCUGCAAAAUUAAAAGAGAAGCGACAUCUUCAAGCGUUAUCCUUGUAUUGGGACCCAUUCCUAUUUCCGAGUGGUGAAGUCUCUAAAAAUGCCUCUGACGAAUUGAUUUUAGAAAGGCUUCGUCCUCAUCAUACCAUCAAAGGUUUACUUAUUAAGAGAUUUUGUGGAGAAAGGUUACCAGAUUGGAUUGGAAAUCUCGUGGAACUGCGAUUCCUUGGGCUCAUGGAUUGCAGCUAUUUGAGAUCACUUCCUGAAGGCCUUCGUAAUCUCAGAUCAUUAGAAACAUUGAGCAUACAUGGAUGCCCAUUUUCGGCUGAUGAUGUUCGGCAAAAUUUUCCUCAUAUUCCAUAUGUGGACAUUAUAUAA